UAGAGAUGGCAGAGUCUUCUGAUGUUGUGAAAUGCCGAAAAUUCAUAGUUAAGAACUAUGUUGCACUAAAGAAGUAUUUGAAUCCUGAUCCCAUAAUUGAUUGUGACACAGGCUUUGAAUUACUGACCGUCGUAGAUAGAAAGAAUAUCAAGGGCAAGGACCAAACUGAUAAGAAUGAAACGAUACUGAGAAAAGUGAUAUCCAAAGGUGCUAAAGGUUACACAGAUUUUAAAGAGCGUCUUAAAAAGACUUGGCAGACUGAACUAUUAGAGCUGAUCCUUUGUGCAGAAAAUGGACAGGACACAAAAGAGAUAGAGGGUCGGCUUGAGAAAAGUGCAUUGUUAAGUCUAGAGUAUAUCAAACACAGAGGUGAACUUCAAGCCGACCUGAUAAAAUUCUACAGAAAAAGGUGUAGUUCAAUACCUCUCUCACCACUUCUUGAAGAAAUAGAGACACCUCUAGCUGGGUUCUACGUGAUGCCAGAUAUAGUCGAGGUUAAACAGAUGUCCCUAACUUGUCACGAAGAGGAGAGAACUCCGAUGAAGUCUUUGAAAGACCUGUUUUCAAACAGAAGUGCAGAUCAGCAAGAAAUUUAUUUAUCAGCUGAUGCAGGCUUUGGAAAAACUGCUUUCUCAAAAUAUCUUGCAAUCACGUGGUGUCAAGCUCAUUGUCACGAUGAAAACUACGCCUGUUUUAAAGAUGAUGAGUUAAAAACUUUAUUUGACUUUAAUUUCUUAUUUUUGGUUUUCUUAAGAGACUGUACCUUUAUUUGUAACAUUGACGAUAUGAUUGAACAGCAAAUUACUAAGAAACUUCCUUCAUCAACAUCACUAAACGAAGUUUUACGCAGAGAAAAAUGCUUGAUUAUAUUGGACGGUCUUGAUGAAUGGACUCACCCUGAUAACAGCUGUAGCGAAGUCACAGCAAAAAUUCCACAUCGGUACGUACGUGAUACUUGUGUUAUUCUAACGACAACCCGACCGUGGAAGCUCGGAGUUUCAGAUCUCAAAACUUGUCAAAUAAACAAAAAAGUAGAAUUGGUUCAAUUAAGUGCAGAUUCUACGCGGCAACUAGAAGAAAAUGCUAUAAGAAAAAUGACAGGUGUCCAUAACGAUAGAGUAUUAAAGAGUAAAAUACAGGACUUUAAUAACGUGAUACGUGACCGUCGCCUAGAACACAUGCAAGCGAUUCCACUCCUACUCAUGUAUAUAGUUUGCUUAUGGUGUAACAGCAUUACAAUAGGAAAUUCAAAACAUGAAAUUUACACCAAUAUCAUUGAAUUUCUAUUAUCGAGAACGUCAAGGAAACACCCGGAAGUUCAACCAUCUCGUGAAUCGUCUGCCAGUGAAAUUCCAGAAUACUUCAAAAGUCAUAAAUGUUGUAAACAUUUUUACAGUCUUAUAACAUCAUUAGCAGAACUAGCUUACCAAACUAUAUUUAACGAAACAACAGAAAAUACGCUGGUUUUUGAUAGAACGGUUGCCGAAAAAUAUCUCAAAGCAGACGACAUAAAAUUAAGUCUUCUCUCAGGAAUACUGUCAGAAAGCAGAAGUAAAACUUUAAUCAACGAACUUAUCAAAGUUUCGUUUUCUCACAAAACAGUGCAAGAAUUCUUUGCCGCCAUAUUUAUAAGUUCGCACAGUCUUCUACAUAAAUGUAGAAAUGUUCAAGAUAUUCUGGACAUGUCAAAAAGUUGUGAAUUUAUAAGUAAAAUGAAUGUUGACCUGAUGUGUGAAAUAUCAAAUGAUUUGAUGUCUGUGAUAAAUGAAGACCAGGAAACACGCGACUAUAGAACUAGGACAGGUGACAGUGGCUUGUACAAUACUCCAUUGUAUAACAUACAGGAAAUGUUCGUGUCUUGUUUACAAGAAAUGCCUAAAAGUGAAAAUAUUCAAUUAUGUUUACAAGAUUUCUUCAUUGACAGGUACACCGUACAAAGUGAGCAGUUACAACGUUUGUUAAAACAAAAUAAAACCAACAUAAAAUCACUUUAUAUAAACACCAGACGUACUUCCAGCAGUUUACGUGAAAUUAUAGAUUUAUUCUCUCUCACAGAUCUCAGUCAUAUACAGAAACUUUACUAUCAUGGUAACAAGUUGGAGGAGGCUAAGAUAAACCGGAUAUUGUUUCCCAGUUUACAGAACGUUACUUUGUGGAAUGGUGAAUGGACAAAUGAUGAAGAAAAUCUGUGUGAAAACAUGAAAACGCGAUGUCAAAACUUACAAUUUUUACAUAUAAGAGGCUUCAAGUUAUCUCACAAAAUACUGGACACAUUUUUCAAUUUUAUCUCCAGUCAAAAAUCAAUGAAAGAGUUAACAUUGAAGAGGUUAGACUGUAACGAAUAUGACGACGAUGACUGUAAGAGUUUGAACUUGGAUUUGUCUCAACAUUCAACACUGUCAAAGUUAUACUUGCAGUUGUUACCUGGGAGGCUACAAUUAAAUAUAUCAACACCGUCAUUAGUUGAUGUUACGUUGUGUUGGAUCAAUCUAGAUGAAGUUUCAUUGUUACUGUCACGUGAUAUGUUGAAUAUUGAACGUGUGGAGUUGGUGAAUAUAGAAAUGUCUGCAGGAAGAUUACAGAACAUUAUUUCCGUGCUGGAAGAUCUGCCACAGUCAGUUACAGUAGUGAUGUCCGCCGUUACACCGAGAACUGAAUAUGACCGUGUUAGAGAAAAUAUUCGGAGAUCACAAACUUUUCAUGUGAUGCAAGACAGCGACAGCUGUCGGGGGUCAUUUGAGUUCAAAACAAUAAAAAACCAAGCAAAGAAUAGACAAGAAAAAAAAAUUGUGAAAUAA